AUCUAGUGUACUAAAGCUGUAUCUACUAGAUGAUAUAAUAAUACUGAACGUUCUAAUUUACAUUUACCAAGCAUACUAAUUAAAUAUCCGGGAUGUCUUAAUUAGUUGGGAUUCCAAGGCAGCUUGAUGUUUCGAGUAAAAGAAGUCGACGUACCCGGGAAAACGGUAAUAAUAAAGUGGAAAAUUAAAGAAAAGGAAGGAAAAGAAAGAGAUUUAGGAGAACCAGACGUCAAGAAGCAAAAGUUGACGGAAGAAAAUGAAAGUAGUAUUCAAAUUAUGGAUCCUAAGAUGUCGAAGGAAGAUGGUAACGUACGCGGUGAAGACAGAGCUGUAGAUGAACGGUCACGUGACGGAAGUAAAAAUUCAAGUGAGAAAAGUGAGUUGAUGAUAGAUGUAAGAAGAUUGAAAACUGAGAUAAGAGGCAAGGAAGAGAAGCUGAGGAAACUGAAGUUGGUCAAAAUGUAUCGAUUAAAGAAUGACCUUGACGAAUUGGACCAGUUAGUUACAAAGUGGCGGACAGCCAGUCAGUCAGCUUGUCUGGAACUAUGCAACCAUAUGGGAACAGACGGCAAACGACCAACGGUCCGAGAUCUCCUCACACACUGGCAAAUCGAUCAUGACAUCAUUGGAUACUCAGAAGAAGACGACGAGUUCGUUGAGCAAUGAAGAUUUCAGGUAUUUGCACAGGUAUCCAGUGAUAUGACAGUACUGUAUAUAGAAAAGUAUACACCAUGCGCUACAGAUACUAUAUGGUACUUGUGGAAUAGAAAACGAUCGACAAUCUUGCUCCUUUGUUAAGCA